GACCAUUAGCUAUCGAUCCAUUUUCAAUAGAUUUCACUUGCAUUUGGCCGAAUUUAUUGACACCACUAUAUUAUGGAGAUCCUCAGUUCGAUUCAUUACUUCAGUCAGUGAACAUCAAGCAACAAGUGCAAUUUACAAAUAAUCAGUUUUUAUUAAAAAAAAAAUCAUAAUCACUCUAUUUUGGAAUACUCAACAAACACCAAAUCACCAACAAAAUGCAAUUGAAAUCAAUUUUGAUUGUCGUGAUCAUCGGGGCUAUCUACGUUCAUGAGACCGAAGCCGUGGCAAAACUCGCUCUUGUCAAGGCUAAAGUUGCCUUGGUCAAAGCACCACAUGUCAUUGCCAAAGUUUCUGUCGCCAAAGAAGUUUUAGCCAAAAAGAAGAUCGCUGCCGCCAAAACACUUGCUGCUGUUAAGGCUUCCAAAGUGGCUGCACUUAGUGCUCUUACCGCUCCGUUCCGUGCUGCAAAGAGGACACUCGCAUUGAAAGUCGCUGGCGUCAAAGCAUUGAAAGCAAUCAAAUUGGCCAAAAUCGCCAAGACCGCUCUCAUUCUUAAGAAUUUGAAGAAGUCGCCAAUCAUCUUGCCAGUUCCAGUCGCAGUUCCACUCAAAGCUUUGCCAGUGCCAGUGCCAUUCCCUAAACCAGCUUUGCCAUCUUUGCCAAACUUCUUUAACAUUCCAUCUCCAUCACUCGGCGACUCAUUGGGACCAAUCCAAGGAAUCAUCUCUGGUGCACAAAAGGCCAUCAAAACUGCCGGCGCUGGCAUUCCAUUGCUCUCAUCAUUCACCCAAGGCUUCGGCAACUCUGAAUCUAAGGCACCAAAGGAUGUUCCAGCCAUCACACCACCACCUGUGUACCGUUUCGUGCCACGAGUUGAGAUCGAAGUGCCAUCAGUCGUUUACUCAGCACCAGCUCCAAUCUAUUUACCACCAGUCGUUCCAUACGCCUCGGCCGUUCCAGUUGCACCAAUCCACACCCCAGCCAGUACUUAUGGCGUUCCAAACUAAGCAUUCAGUUGAAUUGAUAGUUAUCAAUUGUGUAUUGUAAUUCCUUUUCGUGUA